CAUAAAUCCUCCUUGGGCGUGCGUAAAGUAAAUCACAGUAUUUUUCAGCAACAAGCUCAGUUGGCGAAAAAAGAAGAAGAUCUCAGAGAGCAAGGCAUGUUGGACGAAGAAAGCAUCGGUCGAUAUACCCGAAAUGAAGCAUUGAAAACAGACCCCACUUCCGUCAACAUACCCACUUUGCCCAAGCCUGGCAGCAUGACCAUGGACCUGAGUAGCCGUCAACAGGAAACACGAGAUGUAAAGCAAGAUUUAGUAGAGCAGGAUAGAUUAGGCAUGAUGUCACUUUCAUUGAAUGAUAAGAGUGGUAGUAGCAGGAAAAAGCAACCUGAACCAGAGCAAGAUACGAAUGAGGAACAUUACGCUCGAGAUAGGUUUGGAAAUGCAAAGUCUAUUUCUUCUGAUCAAUAUUUCAAUAGGGAUGUGAAUGAUGACGGGAUAAAUACUGCACGUCUCUCUCAUUUUCAAGGAUCGAAUAGUAUCUCUUCCGAUCAAUUCUUUAAUCGUUUGUCAAAACCUCAGAACAAUACGAUGAAUCCUCUAUCAAAAAAGCUACUGAAAGCGGCGACCAAGGGAGUCAAUAAGUUACAAAAUAUGUUGGCAGACCUGGAGUAG